CUAUCUGUGCAGAACCAUAAUCCUUUUUAAGCUUUAUAAACCAUCGCAACAGCGAUACAGCAUUCAAGAUGGCUGACUUUGCAGGAAUCGCGAAGCAGUUUACGGAGUUUUAUUACAACCAGUUCGAUACCGAUAGAUCGCAGUUGGCUCCUCUUUACCGCGACAACUCCAUGUUGACCUUCGAGUCCGCGGCUGUCGCUGGUGCCGGGCCCAUUGUUGAGAAGCUUAUGUCUCUCCCAUUUGCCAAGGUCAAGCAUCAAGUGUCGACUUUGGACGCCCAGCCAGCCGAAGGCGGUGGUAUCAUCAUCUUGGUUACCGGUGCUCUGUUGGUCGAUGAGGAACAGAGACCAAUGAACUACAGCCAGUGUUUCCAGCUUCGGCCUGACGGAGCCGGAAGCUACUUCAUCUUCAACGACAUCUUCAAGCUGGUAUUCGGUUAGUGGCACCAAAAGUACUAGGCUGGUGGGAAUAUAGACAGCCCAAGACCUACUCUGUGGAGCGUAAUGUGCCUUUGCUUGCAUAGUGCAGCCAGACUUUGAUGACGAAUAAAAGAAGAUAUCGAAUACGAACACGGAAUUGUUUUGAAUGUUAUGAUAGUUCUCGCAAGCCGCAUAAAAUAGAAUGCACAGCGAGGCGUAACCACUUCUGCCUGAUGACCUGAAGCGCUGUUGAACAGUAUCACAAAGAUUCCGCCUAACCCAAAGUAUAUAGCUCCAGAACUCGUGGUAUAAGUGGAUAGCAAAUGCGACAUCACUUUCUUGCAGCAGAGCAUUAUAUAUACACCAUUGGAUACACGAAGCUCAGUUGUUGGUGCCUGUAACGUAACA